AUGCUAGAAGAUUAUGAUUGCAGGCCCGGGCCCCAGUCCCACGCUCACAGAGACUCUCUUCAGUUCACAAACGACGACUUCCAGACAGAGGGCGAGUCCAAGGGCCGGUGGGCGGGCAUGUCCCCCAGAGGAAAGGUGCUGCCUCUGGGCAAACGCAGCUCCAAGUUCUGCUCCACCUGCAGCAGCUUCUCCAACCACGUCCAGCGCACCAGCCCCAUGAGCCGCCGCGGGCAGAGGGAGCUGCGUGGGGGGUACCGUCCUGGGGAUAUGGCUCUGCUGGGUCUGGUGAUGGCCGCUCUGCUGCUGCUGUGUCUCAUCGUCAUCGGGUUACUGUUGCCCCAAGUCCUGAAGGGGGACGGCCUGGGGAAGAUCUGCCAGGUCUGA